GUGUCAGAACCCAAAACCAAGUGCCCCAGACUUGUGUGGUGAUAAUCCUUAUCUGCGACUUGUUCGGAUGUCAAUUUUCGUUCCAAACCGUCGAUGCUGCCGCGCGCCACAAUUGGGACUGCCCUAAUCUAAGCCGGCUUGACGGCGACCAACACGCAGCUUCCUCAAUCUCUUGACUCUUGCGUUUUAGUCGCGAUCGAGUGCCGGCCGAAAGUGGAUCAUCGAGCAGAGGAAGUCCAAGAUGCUACCGUUCAAUUUGCAUCCCACCCUGAUAUGGGCUAUCGCGUUCUGCUGUCUUUGUGUAACGAUGUACCUCUGCACCUUUCGAUCGUAUCUCAAAGGAGUCAAAGGACCGAUCUCACAGCUUGCCUCAAGCAUGCAACUCUCAAAUAUCACCUCAACAAAAGUGCGCAAUUCGGCAGUUACCAUUUUUGUGAUAGACGUUGAAGCGGCCAAAAUGGGGCAGGACCACGUGCUCCAGGGCAGUCCUGCAACGCUCAACAUGGAAGCGAUACUCAAAUCGCAGAAGGUGAAACCAUUUGACAGUGCUUCCAGUGAGUUGGCUCAGUCGGACAGUUUGACAAAUUUGCUUCUGUGUGACGAAAAAUCGGAUUCGUUAAGGUUUUAGUCAAGGUGUUCUUUUUUUAAUUGUUGUUUCCUGAUGAUAAGACUGGUUCUAGAAUAAAUAUGAAUGAACAAAUGGUUUUUUUUUGUUAUUUGGUUUAAACCCGUUAUCACAGCCAUACGGUGAUUGA